AUGGCGGCCAAUUCGAUUUUUUGGAAACUUCCAGAGAAAUUUUCAUUUUUCUCGCGAACUUUAAACAGAAAAGUCGAAGUACAGGCUUAUGUCAUGGAGUUUAGAAGACUUCUACCGUGUGACGGUCUAGGAUUCCAAGAGGUUACAAAUAAAGAGCUACUCCAUGGAGUCGUUGGUCUUUACGAUGUUUGUCUUCCUGAUAUUACACCAGAUGUUCUUUACGGUACUGUGUGUGGAAAAUGGGCAAAAACGUUGAUUUUUAUACGGAGUUUAUCAGAUGUGUUAAAAGAACAACGAGAAAAAGUAAAGAGUAAAAACAAGAAUACCAUUGAAGAGGAGAAGAAUGCUGUACAAAGUGAGGGAGUUGAGCUACAUGUAACAGUUCCACAAGAUCCAAUUUACCUUACUGAGAAGCAUGUUCAUUGGGAAGAUGAAACAAUUCCUAUGUCAUUCGUUGAAAUGGAGGAAAAGCUUGAACAAAACAAGGAAAAAAUAAAGGAACAAUUAGAUCCAUUGAAUGUUAUAGAUAUAGCAGAACAAACUGUAAUCAAAAAUGAACCCAAAUCUCUAAAAACUGAUAGCAAAGGAAUAGAUAUUCAUGAUAAACAUAAAGAAAAGAAAGAAGAAGAAGAAGAGGAUGAAAAACAAGAAGAAGAACCAGGGAUGUUUGAUGGAGUUUUUAGUGAUUCUGAAGGAGAGCAGGAGUCCUCCGAUGAAGAAGAAGACGAAGAAGAUUUUUCUGUUGGUGUAAAUGAUUUUGUAGCAGCAGCAAAAGAAAGAAAAAACCAAAAAGAAUCAGGAAAUGUAUCUAAGGAGACUAUAGGCAUAGAAUCAUUGCUUGUUGGUGCUGCAAGUUAUGAAAGAAUCUAUGGGAAACCAAAAGAAAAAGUGAUGCAAAUAAGUUUGUUGGCUGUCAGAAAGAGAUAUCAAAAGUGUGGAGUAGGAAAAAUGAUUCUAAAUACGCUCAAGGACCCUACAUUCAUUGGACCGUAUGACAGUAUUGCUGUAUAUGCCGAUCACAGUGCAAUCGAUUUCUUCAAGAAAAAUGACUUUACAGAUGACGUAGUGCUGAAUAGCAGAUUUACGCGUUUUAGGAGGGCUACGAGGUCGGAUAUUUCCGGUGUCCACCGAAGUGACCAUGAAAUCCUUGCAAUGGAAGAAGAAAUCAGUCUAUGGCAGAACAAGAGUCUUGAGGCUUAUCAGGCACAGCUGAGCUGUAUGGUUAGAAUGAAACACGAAAUAAGGACACUCAAAGCAUUGGUGGACACCCAAGAAGAGGUCAUUAAAACUCUAACGAAAGCAAAGGAAAGAUUACAAAAGAGUCAUUUCAAAUUAGAGAAAAAAAUACUCGAUAUGCAGCUGGAAAAAGAAGAAAGUGCUGUUAUAGACUUGGACGAAAAAGAAUCAGACGAUGAAGACUUCUACGAGUCACUUGUAUCUAUCUUAAACAAACAGCACAUCAAUGAAGAACACAGUCAAUUGGAUAUGGAAGCCAUUUCUAGGGGAGACUUUGGAGAUGUCUCCAAAGAGGACGAAGAACUUCUGUCAUCUCUUAUUCAUUCCCAAAGCGAGAAAACUCUCAUGCAACAAACUCGUAGAAGCCUUUUAGCCACCGGGCUAUACGAUGACGUUAACGUCACAAACAUUUACAAGGUUGAGUGCAGUCACGUGGCAUUGUUAGAAACCAGUUUGGAAGGUUAUCAACACAGGAAUCCCAAAUCUCCUCCCAUCGUCAAACAACUGUUCUUCUGUGGUGGUUACUCUGACAACAGCAAAAUAGACAAUAUAAUCACAAGAGGUUUUACUAAAGAAGAUUUUACGCAAGGAAUAUAUGGCAAAGGUCUUUACUUUACUCGUCGACCUUCACACGCUGCACAGUUCUCACCUCCUGGCAAGCUUUUAUUGGUCAACGUCAGUUUAGGUGCAACAGAAUCCGUCUAUAAACAAGACAAGAGACGUAUGUUACCUCCUGCUGGCUUUGAUUCAAUUCUGACACCAGGUCGACCAACGUCGCCAGUUUCUCCAAGAUGUUCUAACCAAGCAGAAUAUGUUGUGUUUGAUCCAAUGCAGGCCGUACCAGUCUAUUUGAUUGAGUACUCGACCAGCAAAACAUAAGAUGGUCUAGAACCUUUUUUUUAACCUUGAGAAUUGGUCCAGAAGAUAAAAUCGACUGAAGAAGGUGAUGCAACCUGCAGCGUUCUUUAUAUUAUAUACAAAGCAGAAAAAAGAAAAAGAACAAAAGAAAGAACAAAACGAACAAUAACAAACAAAACAAAUAAAAGUAAAGAAAAGCC